CAAAAAUUUCGACUUUGAAUUAAAUAACUAAAUUAAAAUAAGUUUAAAUCAUAAUGGAGAAAAAACAUAAAUGUCCGACAUGUGAGAAGACAUUUCUUUAUGAAAGUCAUUUGCAAGUACACAUGCGAAUUCACACGAAUGAAAGGCCGUAUAAAUGCAAUUUGUGCGAAAAAAGCUUUACGCAGAAGAGUCAUUUAACAACUCACAUGAAAGUGCACUCGGAUGAAAAACCGUUCAAGUGCAAUUACAAUGGUUGUGAAGAGAGCUUUAAACGGAAAAAUGAGUUGAAACAACACAUGUAUAUAUCUCAUCUUGAUAAGAUUUUAUCUAAAAUUCCACCAAACGACCCGAGGAUAAUAAGCCGUAAAUGUAAUUCUUGCCUAAAAGUUUGUGCAUCUCCCGCUAUGUUAACACGUCACUUGAUAACUCACACCGGAGAACGGCCAUUUUCGUGCAAUGUCUGCAACGGCACUUUCACUACCAAAAGUAGUUUAGACAGACACAUCAGAAGAAUCCAUCGGAAAGACAAAACUCCAUCUUGCUCCGAAAAAAGAACACAAGACGUUCAACGAGACCAGAAAGAAUUGUUUGAACAACCAUCGACAAGUUUUCAAAGACCACAGUCAAUAGCAUAUGAAGAAAUUUCUUCAGAACAGAACCUUUUUACUUCAAAAGAAUGUGAAGAAUUCCUCGAAAACGUUGACGUUAAUCUAGAAAUUAUCAAAUUGGAAGGUUCCUCACAAGUGAAAUUCUUACCAGAAAUGGACGUCGAAGAAUGCUAUUUGGAAUGUCCGUUUUGUGGUGAACAAUUUUUAGACGAAGUUUCGCUUAAAGAACACGAAAGAAACUCCCACCCGUCUGACUAAUUAGUUCUGGACAAUUACUGUAAUUUUCAAAAUAUAUUAAAUUAAUAAGACAUCGAAUUAUUAAUAUUUUGAUAUUUAAUAACGAAGGCAAAAUUGAAUAUUUAGUGAAGAAGCUUAGUUACAGUUCGGGAUAUAUGUGAAAUCGUCGUAGACAGUAUACAUCUAAUUUAAUUUAUAGCGAAAAUUAUUUGAUAGAAACUUCGUAAUAUUUGAAAGAAACAAAAUUUAUUAAGUUAUUUUUUUCACAUUUAUUGCUUUACGAAAACCAAAAGAUCUAAACACCGAAGAAACACUUAAUUUAUAUUUUACGUUUAUAA